ACCCAGCGCGGCGUGGCCAAUAAAGCAGCCAAGUGGAGAAACAACUAGCUCAAGAACCUUCUUUUUGAGUGCGUAGAGGGGAGCCAAGGGGAGUCAGAACAGUAAUGGCUGGGGUUGUUGGUGGCUGGUUGGGGGAGUUCGCCAAGUUUGGCCGGCCGGAGGUGGCGCAGGCCGCCGGUGCUGAAGCCGGCCAGCGCCAUCAGGGUGAUGAUGGCAUUGGUGCGGUUGAGAGCAGGGAGAAGAGUGGUGCCCAGGAGAAGAGGAGGAACAGCGGCGUGCUCUCCGACUCCGAGGCCGUGGUGUGCAUGCUGAUGGACCGCUUCGCCCCAGCGUGACGGGCAGACCGGAAAGCUGGUGUUAGUACGUGCGUACAGAGCAGGGUAGGUGCACGGUACAUACAGGAAGUGUAUUUUGUAAGUCUGUAACACUGCGGGUAGUCGUAUAAAUUGCUAUCAUAUGGGUUCAUGUCUCUGAACUCUGAACUCUGAAGUGAAUAAUUUUUUUGGUUAA